AUGACACGUGAAACACGGCAAAAAGAAAAGGAGGAGGAACAGGCCGGACGUCGCGCGACAAGGAGGCUGUCUCAACAGACCGAUAGGGAGGGUGGUGGCGGCUCUAAAGGUACUAAUGCGUCCGCCGCGCGUGGCAGAGGGCUGAAAAAACUGGCGGGAAAAAAGGCCGCGUUUGGACAGGAGAAUUCCGGCAAGAAGGCGGAAGAGAAGGGGAAGCAACCAACGCGCCACAGGAAGAGCGAUGAGGAAGAAGAGUAUGACACCGCCGUGCCCGUAGACAUCAAUACGCGGUCGAAGAGGCGGCAGACAAUAGGCAGUGCUGACGACGCCGGUGGUGCGGAAGUUGGGACAACGCGAGGCGCCAGGGAAGCAAGUGGCAAGGCGACGGGUCAUGCAUUGCGCAAGAAGGGCCGACCCGCAGCGAGGAGAACAUCUGGCGGAAGGAGGGGCAAGAAAGCAGCGAGGGGGAAGAGGUCGAAACGGGGCGAAGAAGACCCUGAUGAUGCGGAGGAGGAGGAUGAGGGGGAUACGGGGGAUGAGGAGGAGGAGGCUGAUGAGGAGGAGGAUGCGGAGGAAGAGGAGGAUGAAGAGGAUGCGGAGGAGGAGGACGCGGAUGUUGGGGAGGAAGAAAAAGAUGAGAAUGAUGACGAGGACGACGAAGAGGAGGAGGAGGACGAGGACGAGGAGGGGGGCGACGAGGAUGAUGAGGAGGAGGAGGAGGAGGAGGAGGAGGAGGAGGAGGAGGAGGAGGAGGAGGAGGAGGAGGAGGAGGAGGAGGAGGAGAGGGACGACGAGGAUGAGGAGGAGGAGGAGGAGGAGGAGGAGGAGGAGGAGGAGGAGGAGGAGGAGGAGGAGGAGGAGGAGGAGGAGGAGGAGGAGGAGGAGGAUGUGGCGGCAACAUUGGGCCACCGGUAA